GUCUGAUUGGCAGAUGUUAAAAGAGAUUCUUUAGUAAUCCAGUGCAUCAAUGAACUGCACAAAUUCAGUACAGGGCUGGAAUAAUUCAGGCAUGAGGACACUUUGUGCAUGCAGUCUCACAAAAGCAGAGCCAAGAUGGAUAGAACCCUGGAAUCCCUGAAACACAUCAUUGCCCAAGUCUUGCCUCACAGAGACCCAGAUCUUGUAUUUAAAGACUUGAAUGUUGUGUCAAUGCUACAGGAAUUUUGGGAAAGCAAACAGCAGCAGAGAGCUGUGUUCCCGAGUGAAGGUUUGGUGGUAUAUGAGUCAUUGCCCUCUCCCGGGCCUCCCUUUGUAAGUUAUGUCACCCUCCCUGGAGGAAGCUGUUUUGGUAACUUCCAGUGUUGCUUGAGCAGAGCAGAGGCAAGACGGGAUGCAGCCAAAGUGGCCCUGAUCAAUUCCCUCUUCAACGAAUUGCCCUCUCGAAGGAUCACUAAGGAGUUCAUUAUAGAAAGUGUUCAGGAAGCCAUUGCCUCCACCAGCGGCACUAUAGAUGAUGCCGAUGACCCAAGCACCAGCAUAGGAGCCUACCACUAUAUGUUGGAGUCAAACAUGGGGAAAACUAUGUUGGAAUUUCAGGAGCUGAUGAUUGUUUUCCAGCUUCUUCACUGGAAUGGAAGCCUGAAAGCCCUUCGGGAAACCAAGUGUUCCCGACAGGAGGUGAUUUCCUACUAUUCCCAGUAUUCCUUAGAUGAAAGGAUGAGGAGCCACAUGGCCCUGGACUGGAUCAUGAAGGAACAAGAUUCUCCAGGAAUUGUUUCUCAAGAGCUGCAGAUGGCCCUGAGGGAAUUGGAGGAAGCUAGGAGAGCCGGACAAGAGCUUCGGUUUUACAAAGAAAAGAAAGAAAUCCUGAGUUUAGCCCUAGCUCAGCUCUACAAUGACCAAAAUACCUCUUUGCCAAAGGAUGAUGAGAUGAGUCUGGCUGCUUUAUGUGGCUACCACUAGCUGAAGCCAGAACUCCAAUGGACCCAU